UGAAGCCAUUUCCAUUCCUGAAGUAUGAUGUAUGUAUGAAGUAGGAUGAUGGCGAUCAUAAUAUUCCUCUCCUCUCUCUCAGCACUACCGACUGGCCACUGAGCUCCCCCGACCACAUGGAGGUGCUCUCUGUCAAAGUGCCCAUCUCUUCUGUCUCCAGCCCUGUGAGUUCUGUGUCUGGCCUGGGCGGGGCCUUCAUGACUGACCACGACCAAUCCAUGCUCUCCAGAUCUGCAGGCGGGGCCAUGGGAUUUGGCUGUGGGGCAAUGGACUUCAGAGUCGGGACUGACCUCCCCUUCCCCUUGCUGAUUGGUCAGGACAGUAUGAUGUCAGAGCUGGAUAGCCAACCAGACGCGGAGGCCUCGACUUCAGACACGCCCCACUCCUUUGAGCUAUGCCCCCCCCGCGGCCCCAGCGACUGCACCUCGUCCUCCUUUGACAUCGUGUUCGAGGACUCGGGCUGCGACCGUGACGCCGACCCUGACCCUGAGGUCAUGACCCCCUCAGAAGCCUCCGGAUUGGCCAGUACCCCACUCACUGAAAAGGCUAGCUCCUCCUCCUCCCACACCAGAAGAGCCGACCCUUUCCCCGUACCCGUCCCACCCUCCUCCCCCUCCAUCCCUCCCUCCUCCUCUCCUCCGCGCCCCACCUCCCUCUGCCUGGCCCCAAGUCCCUCCCGGACCCCCCCAACCCUGCGGCCCCAGCCCUCUCCUAAGGUGUACCUGUACAUUCAGAUGCAGCUGUGUCGUAAAGACACCUUGAAGGAUUGGAUGUCUCAGAGAUGUCUGCCUGAACACAGGGAACAUUCUCAGUGUCUGGGCAUAUUCCUGCAGAUCUCUGAGGCCGUUCACUUCCUCCACAGCAAGGGCCUGAUGCACAGAGACCUCAAGCCCUCCAAUAUCUUCUUCACAGUGGAUGAUGUGGUGAAGGUUGGAGACUUUGGUCUGGUGACAGCCAUGGACCAGGAAGAGGAUGAGGAUGAUUCAGGACCCCUAACUCCCAUGCCCAGCUAUGCCCGUCACACGGGACAAGUCGGCACCAAACUAUACAUGAGCCCAGAGCAGCUGUCUGGGGACCUGUACUCUCACAAAGUGGAUAUCUACUCUCUGGGUCUGAUCCUGUUUGAACUGCUCUGUCCCUUCAGGACACAGAUGGAGAGAGUCAGGACUCUGACUGAUGUCCGAGGGCUGCAGUUUCCUGCUGUCUUCUCCAAGAACAACGUCCAGGAGCUGGGCAUGGUCCGUAGCAUGUUGUCCCUUAACCCGGCCGAGCGUCCUGAGGCUGCUGACAUCACAGAGGAGCCUCUGUUUCAGGAACUGGAAGUCCCGUGUCGCCUUGCGGUCCGACAACGAUCCCGGACAUACAGCGCCUCGUCAGCCGGAUGGCCUGCGCGUACCUCUAUUGCCUCUUCCUGAACACACACACACACACACACACACACACACACACACACACACACACACACACACACACACACACACACACACACACGCCAGUCACCCCUGUUCCCCCAUUCCCAGUCGAAUGCCAGACAGAACCUCCUCAUCACACCUUCUCCCUCUUACACACCACCAAAGAGACCCUGUAGGACAUCUCUCUCACAUCCUUCCCAUCGGUAACCCUUCUACGGUAACCCUACUACGGUAACCCUACUACGGUAACCCUACUACGGUAACCCUACUACGGUAACCCUACUACGGUAACCCUACUACGGUAACCCUACUACGGUAACCCUUCUACGGUAACCCUACUACGGUAACCCUACUACGGUAACCCUACUACGGUAACCCUACUACGCUAAUUCUACUACGGUAACCCUACUACGCUAAUUCUACUACGGUAACCCUACUACGCUAAUUCUACUACGGUAACCAUUCUACAGUAACCCUUCUACGGAAACCCUUCUACGGUAACCCUUCUACGGUAACCCUACUACGGUAACCCUACUACGGUAACCCUUCUACGGAAACCCUUCUACGGAAACCCUUCUACGGUAACCCUACUACGGAAACCCUUCUACGGAAACCCUUCUACGGUAACCCUGCUACGGUAACCCUUCUACGGUAACCCUGCUACGGUAACCCUUCUACGGUAACCCUACUACAGUAACCCUCUUCUACGGAAACCCUUCUACGGAAACCCUUCUACGGUAACCCUUCUACGGUAACCCUUCUACGGUAACCCUUCUACGGUAACCCUUCUACGGUAACCCUUCUACAGUAACCCUCUUCUACGGUAACCCUUCUACGGUAACCCUUCUACGGUAACCCUUCUACGGUAACCCUACUACAGUAACCCUCUUCUACGGAAACCCUACUACGGUAACCCUUCUACGGUAACCCUACUACAGUAACCCUUCUACGGUAACCAUUCUACAGUAAUCCUACUACGGUAACCCUCUUCUACGGUAACCCUCUUCUACGGUAACCCUGCUACGGUAACCCUACUACAGUAACCCUUCUACGGUAACCCUCUUCUACGGUAACCCUCUUCUACGGUAACCCUUCUACGGUAACCCUUCUACGGUAACCCUUCUACAGUAACCCUCUUCUACGGUAACCCUCUUCUACGGUAACCCUUCUACGGUAACCCUUCUACGGUAACCCUCUUCUACGGUAACCCUCUUCUACGGUAACCCUGCUACGGUAACCCUACUACAGUAACCCUUCUACGGUAACCCUCUUCUACGGUAACCCUCUUCUACAGUAACCCUCUUCUACAGUAACCCUCUUCUACGGUAACCCUCUUCUACGGUAACCCUUCUACGGUAACCCUUCUACAGUAACCCUCUUCUACGGUAACCCUCUUCUACGGUAACCCUCUUCUACGGUAACCCUCUUCUACGGUAACCCUCUUCUACAGUAACCCUCUUCUACGGUAACCCUCUUCUACGGUAACCCUCUUCUACAGUAACCCUCUUCUACAGUAACCCUCUUCUACGGUAACCCUCUUCUACGGUAACCCUUCUACGGUAACCCUCUUCUACGGUAACCCUUCUACGGUAACCCUCUUCUACAGUAACCCUCUUCUACGGUAACCCUCUUCUACGGUAACCCUACUACAGUAACCCUUCUACGGUAACCCUCUUCUACGGUAACCCUCUUCUACGGUAACCCUGCUACGGUAACCCUCUUCUACGGUAACCCUUCUACGGUAACCCUCUUCUACAGUAACCCUCUUCUACGGUAACCCUUCUCCCACACUGUUUGUUUAUUCAAUCUCUCCCUCGUGUUGAACCCUGUUACCAUAUCAACCAUAUCUAGAUGACACCUUGUUCUAACAUGAACUGUCCUUAACAACUGGUAACUAGUACUGACAACUAGUACUGGCAACUAGUACUGGCAACUAGUACUGAGAACUGGAGGCUGAGACAGAAAAGCCUGACUUGUGAGAGACGUGUUCCUGCUAGUCCUCUUUAAGAUGAUUUAAAUGUAUUGCUUAGGCCUUAGGAGGUUUGUGAGGUGUGUGUGAACUGCCUUGGACCAGGAGACCUGCUCUGACCUCCACUAGAAUGAAUUCAUGAAUGGUGCUGGGUUUCUAUAGGUAAUGAUGGGGAUCACAGGGCUGUCCGGACUAACAAAUUCUCAUGCUUUCUUUAUGUUUGUUGUAAAUGUAGAAAGUGAACUCUGUUUAAGUUGCUAGCCAGAGCAGGACAAUGAUUUUCCAAAAUGUUCUCCCUGCCAAUUUUGUAAAUAAGUAAACAAAAAAAAUGUCAAAUGAUUGUAUGUUGUUAAAAGAGAAGGUGUGGUCACACCUGUGUAUAUAGUGACUGAGACUGUAAUACGGUUCCAUUGCUUUGUAAAUGGCACAGACAGAAUGAAGCAUUGUGAUGUCCGAUGAUGGGAGAGAGAUGCUAGCUGUACUUUAUCGCUAGCUGAAUGUGACCCGGUCUCUUAAGCCCGGAGGACGCUGUGUCUAUCUAAGGAAUAGAAUGGAGAGUGGUCGUAUUUCUGAGAUAACUGUCACCUAGGGGCCAGAUUCAAUCCGAUCACGUAUGGUCCUCUCUGCACGUUUUAAAGGCAAUAUUCCCAUGUUUGCGUCGACCACAUUCACGGAAAACGCUCCGUAUGUUGGUUUUGUUGUUGUUUUCCCACCUUUAUUUAACCAGGUUUAUUUAACCAGGUUUAUUUAACCAGGUUUAUUUAACCAGGUAGGCCAGUUGAGAACAAGUUCUCAUUUACAUGUUGUCAUCUCAUGUUGGCUUGAUUAGAACUUGCUCUAUAACGCGGAUCUUCCUCAGUCUGAAUUUAAUUUAGGCCCUGAACAAGAAUGAACUGAUUCUAAGUUGAGGAGGACCUCCCAAUAACAUGUUGGGUCUGAUACCUUUCAUUAUGUGAUAAACACCAUGUUUUCUCCUCUGGACAGGAGAGCACUGCUUUAGAAAAGUCUUAUCAAGUCCUUGUUACUCUUAUCACUGAUAAUUGUAAUGUACUAUAAUUAUUGUUUUAUCAAUUGUACUUUUUCUAAUGAUUUUUGAAAGGCUUUUUUGAUAUAAUCCUGCAAGCUUUUUUUGAUUACUGUAAAGUUUGUCUUUUGACUGAAGAAGCUGAUAAAUUUACAACAGCAGAGAUCUGGUUCUGUUGAGUUAGAUCUGGUUCUGUUGAGUUAGAUCUGGUUCUGUUGAGUGGAGAUGAGAGUCUGCUGAGUAGAUCUGGUUCUGUUGAGUUAGAUCUGGUUCUGUUGAGUGGAGAUGAGAGUCUGCUGAGUAGAUCUGGUUCUGUUGAGUUAGAUCUGGUUCUGUUGAGUUAGAUCUGGUUCUGUUGAGUGGAAAUGAGAGUCUGCUGAGUAGAUCUGGUUCUGUUGAGUUAGAUCUGGUUCUGUUGAGUUAGAUCUGGUUCUGUUGAGUUAGAUCUGGUUCUGUUGAGUGGAGAUGAGAGUCUGCUGAGUUAGAUCUGGUUCUGUUGAGUUAGAUCUGGUUCUGUUGAGUGGAGAUGAGAAUCUGCUGAGUUAGAUCUGGUUCUGUUGAGAUGAGAGAGAGUCUGCUGAGUUAGAUCUGGUUCUGUUGAGUUAGAUCUGGUUCUGUUGAGUUAGAUCUGGUUCUGUUGAGUUAGAUCUGGUUCUGUUGAGUGGAGAUGAGAAUCUGCUGAGUUAGAUCUGGUUCUGUUGAGUGGAGAUGAGUCUGCUGAGUUAGAUCUGGUUCUGUUGAGUGGAGAUGAGAGAGAGUCUGCUGAGUUAGAUCUGGUUCUGUUGAGAUGAGAGUCUGCUGAGUUAGAUCUGGUUCUGUUGAGAUGAGAGAGAGUCUGUUGAGUUAGAUCUGGUUCUGUUGAGUGGAGAUGAGAGAGAGUCUGCUGAGUUAGAUCUGGUUCUGUUGAGUUAGAUCUGGUUCUGUUGAGUGGAGAUGAGAGAGAGUCUGCUGAGUUAGAUCUGGUUCUGUUGAGUUAGAUCUGGUUCUGUUGAGAUGAGAAUCUGCUGAGUUAGAUCUGGUUCUGUUGAGUUAGAUCUGGUUCUGUUGAGUGGAGAUGAGAAUCUGCUGAGUUAGAUCUGGUUCUGUUGAGUGGAGAUGAGAGAGAGUCUGCUGAGUUAGAUAUGGUUCUGUUGAGUUAGAUCUGGUUCUGUUGAGUGGAGAUGAGAGAGAGUCUGCUGAGUUAGAUAUGAUUCUGUUGAGUUAGAUCUGGUUCUGUUGAGUUAGAUCUGGUUCUGUUGAGUUAGAUCUGGUUCUGUUGAGUGGAGAUGAGAGUCUGCUGAGUUAGAUCUGGUUCUGCUGAGUUAGAUAUGGUUCUGCUGAGUUAGAUCUGGUUCUGUUGAGUGGAGAUGAGAGUCUGCUGAGGUUUGGUCAAAAUAAAAUCACUUAUUUUAGAUUUUUUUAUAACCCAAACUGGGUUGAACCAAAUGGAACCAAUAAGGCUGAAACAACAGGGAGGGACCUCGCUAAACUUGUCCAAUUAAAAAAAUCUCUGGUUUCCCAUUGCAAAACGUUUUGCUACGGUGUGCACUAAUGAAUACACCCCUGGUUUAAAUGUUCAGACUAGAUCAAGUUCUUACAGUUUAUAACCUUUUUCCUUUGACCUACUGUAUCCGAGUCCCAGCAAAGAGGGUUGUUUUAUUUGUAUUCAUGUUUUACGGACUAUAUGAAGGAAUUACCGUUCUCUGACUUUUUGCCUUCAAACUCUGAGAACAUCUGCAGCAAUGACCUAAAUUGUAUUUCUGUCUGUCUGAAAUCAAGAUUUUCCAAGACCUUUA